AUGUCAAAACGUUCAUCACCGGGGAGUGAUGACGACUCUCCUGGUGCGUCGGCGGAUGAACCACUUUAUAGUAAGCGAAGAUUAGUUGAAUUCGAACCUGUUCGCAUCUGUUCAGUCAGUGGGACGAGCGAUAUCGAUGCGAAAGUUUUAGCGGUUCAACAUUACAAGUUAUCUGAACGUUUUCGCCUAAAGGAACGUCAAACGACCCAAUUGCAACAUCGCGUUGAACAACUGGAAAGCAGACAAGCUCAAGAUGAUGCGAUGAUGUGUACCAUUAAUCGUUUUUGGAAUCUAUUUGAUGAAAAUGUCAGGACGUUGCUGCAGAGGUUUGACGCCGAAACAGCGGUGGAAGGUGAGAUCAAAAUGGAAUGUGAAGAGACUAAGAGUUUUCUUGCAAAACUGGCUCACUGGGACGAUGGAGAGACUGAAGAAAAAUUAAAGCAACGGGUAGAAUUCAGUCGUCGAGCGAUAUCGAAACUAAUUCAAGUCUUUGAUCAUAUUACACAAAGAAAUGGGAAAAUUGCAGAAAUGAUAGCUUCUUGCUCAACAGCAGACGAGAGUCCUGAUGAUGGUGCCUCUACGUCUGAUGGAAGACCAACUGUAAAUGCAAUGCUGGUAAAAAGGAAUGCAGAGCUAAGUGAAGAAAACAUAAAGUUGCAAAAAAUGAUUACGAAACUUCAAUCGGAAAACCACAGUCUUUCAUCCAAGGUAUCAGCUCAAGAAGAUAAGUUAACGAUAAUAGAUACUCGCAAGCAAGAGAUGGAUAACAGUCUGGAGGAAAUGAAAUAUGAGUUAGAAAAAGCUAUGCGUCGCGAGUGCAAACUUGAUUUUCGUCUUGCUGAGUAUGUGAAAAAAACGCGUGAUCUGGAAAUGAAUUUAAUGAAAGCGUCAGUUGUGAAUGGCCCAAAUAAUACAAAUAAUACGAAAGCAGAUUCACCUCCAACAGCCAGUGUGAAUAAAUCAAAACUGGAAGAACUUGAGCAAAACCUAGAAAUCCAGACCGACUUGGCUGCUUCUCGCCUUCAAGAAUUGCAAGAAAUGUUGGAUAAAAAUAAGAAUCUGACGAAACAAGUCGAAAAUUUAAAGAUGAAUUUAAAAAACAUUCCAACAGAAGUCAUUAGGACAUCUAUUGAAUACACCACUCUGCAAUCGCAAUUUUCUUCUCUUUUUACAGAAGCGAAUCAGAUGAGGCAACAAAUAGAAACGGCAAAGUCGCAGUUAGCAGCUUUACGCAGCGCUCAUUCUAAACAAAUCGAAGUUAUGGAGAGUGAGGAAUGCCAAGCCCGUGAACAGAUGCAAGAUACAAUGAAUAGGCAUGAAGAAGAAUUGUAUCAAGUACGAAGAGAGUAUGAAAUGUUACGUUUGGAAUUCGAACAGAACCUUUCUGCCAAUGAGCAGUCAGGACCGUUAAAUAAGGAAAUUCGUUUGAUGCUUGCAUCAGCAAAAGCUGAAAAUCAACAACUUAAACAGGAAGCAAAUCGUUUCAAGAGGAAGUGGAAGGAGGCUGUUUCUUCAUUAGCUAAAUGCAACAAGGAGUUAGAAAGUGAAAGGCGUUAUCGUGAAAGAUGUUUACUGAUUGAAAUAGAAGAUGAUAACGAUGCACUGGCAUCGCCGGAUCAGGAUAGAAAUAUUGCGGAGCCCUCGGAAUCAUUAUUACACGAUGGUGAAAGCUGUGAAUACAACAGUGAAAUUGAUGGUGAUACUGAUAUUGGAACACAUCCGAAUAGAGUCAUACAAAAGUUGAAGAAAAAAGUUGCCGAUUUGCAGUUGAAAAUAGAUGCUUUAAAUGCGUUGACAGCUGAACAAAGAGAACGAGCUGAGCUGUUGGUACGAGAAAGAAGGCUGAAACUUGAAAAUGAUAAACUACAGCUUCAUAUUAAAAAACUUGCUGGUGCCGAUCAUAGAGAGAAAAUGAAAUACUAUUCGGACGAAGCACAAAGAAAAAUCAGAAGCCUCGAAGAAACAGCGGAUCGCCUCCGCAAAGAAGCACAUUCGGCAAGGCAAGAAGAAGAAGGUCUUAUGAACGAUGUUGAAACUACGGGUCAAGCAUUUGAAGAAAUGCAAGAACAAAAUACUAGAUUACUACAGCAACUCAGAGAAAAGGAUGAUGCAAAUUUAAAACUGAUGGCUGAGAGAAUACGGGCCAAUCAAUAUCAGAAAAAGAUGAGCGAAGAAAGAGAGCGCACGGAAGAACGCAUUAGUAGUUUGCAGAAUCAAAUCGAAGCUCAGCAGCUCAUGAUAUCGAAAUUGGAAGAAACAGAAAAGCUUCUGAGACAGAAAAAUUCUCAUUUAGAGCAUCAGUUAAGAUUAAUCGAGCAGGCAAAUGAUAUGCAUAAAAGAAAAGCAAUUGAAUGUUCGCAGACAUCAGCUGAUUACAAAGCUCAGUUGGAGAAGUGUAACAGUCAGCUUAAUGAUGCACAGCAGGCUGUAACAACGAAAACCUCACAGCAGGAAGUAGAUUCGUUUAAAAUAAAACGUUUGGAGGAAGAGAAAAGUAUUCUACGAAAGAAAUUAGAACGGACAAAGAAGAUGGAAAAAAUGGAAAAUUGGGAUGAAGUACUAAAUGAAGAAAUUAGGGAGCUUAAGGAUAUUUUGACUUGUCCAUCGUGUAAAGUGCGGAGGAAAGAUGCCGUACUAACGAAAUGUUUCCAUGUGUUCUGCAUGGAAUGUAUGAAGACACGUUAUGAGACGAGAAGACGUAAAUGUCCGAAAUGUAAUGCUGCUUUUGGUGCCAAUGAUUACCGUCGGAUGUAUUUCACGUAG